CUCGGGGUUCGGCGUCGUACUAAACCAGGGUCUAAGGCUCAAACACACAAACAAAAGACAAAAAAAAGCACAAAAACAGAGCAGCAGGAAGGCUGCAGUCGCGUGUAACGAGCGACGCGUGACCAGUGACACGCAGACGGUGUACACUGGCACGGCAGAGCGCGGAGCAGGGUGAGGUGUGCAGCGCGGGGCAGGUAGGUGGAAGGCGCGUGGUAACGCUGGCAACUCCGGGGAGUGAGUAGCACGUAGUCAGGGAGCACUGACACGGCGACUCACAGCCUGGCAGUAGCAGAGCAGCUCAAUCGCUCGCCCGCGAGAGCUGUUGCUAGAAGGUGGGGAAGAGGUGCACACGCUGCCAGGUCCGGGAAGCCAAUGCCGGGCCGCCCCCGGAUUCCCCCUUUAUGGCGGCGCCGCUCCCUCGGGAUCGCGGGGACGCGUGGCGGCACGCGCUCCCAUUGGCAGGCUCGCCCGGCCGUCCCCGCCCUCCGAUCCUGCGCUGCACUAUAUAGGGCGAAAAAGCCGCGAGCGGCAGGUAUUCGCUCUCCGAGCCCACAGCAGAAGCGCAAGUCCACGCCCCCACCACUCACUGUCGACAUGUCUGGACGCGGCAAGGGAGGAAAGGUGAAGGGGAAGUCAAAGUCCCGCUCCAGCCGUGCCGGCCUGCAGUUCCCCGUGGGCAGGAUCCACCGUCUCCUGAGGAAGGGCAACUACGCCGAGCGCGUGGGCGCCGGCGCCCCCGUGUACCUGGCGGCCGUCAUGGAGUACCUGGCCGCCGAGGUGCUCGAGCUGGCCGGCAACGCGGCCCGCGACAACAAGAAGACCCGCAUCAUCCCCCGCCACCUGCAGCUGGCCAUCCGCAACGACGAGGAGCUGAACAAGCUCCUCUCCGGCGUCACCAUUGCCCAGGGAGGUGUGCUGCCUAACAUCCAGGCGGUGCUCCUGCCCAAGAAGACCGAGAAGAAGUAAUCGCCCUCGGCCUUUCAGGGACGACAAUUCAGUACCGUUUAAUCCGGCUCCCCUUGGGAGCCACACCCUUUUCCAAAAAGAGACUUCUGGACACACACCCUCAACUACAUAGUGACAUUCCUAGGUCAAUUCCUGCUGAUAUUACUAGGAAGAAGACCCUCAGUCAUGACAACAAUUAACAACCCCCACGUCUGGCAGGCUUCCCACACUUAGUUUGUUUGUUUGUUUUCUUCACGGCAGGUAAGGGACUCCUCUGCUGACAACGACGAUAACAACAAUUAACCCACAAGACAUAACAUAACAAAUAAAAAAAAAAAACGCAAAA